AUGGCGAUUCCUCAAUCUUGUACCGUUCUCGUAGCAGGUGGUGGUCCUGGAGGUUCUUAUACCGCGGCUGCUCUCGCACGUGAAGGUGUCGAUGUUGUCUUGCUCGAAGCAGAUAGCCACCCCCGAUACCACAUCGGAGAGAGCCUGCUCCCUUCAAUGAGAUAUUUACUGCGUUUUAUCGAUCUGGAAGACACUUUUGAACAGCAUGGAUUCCAGAAGAAGAGUGGUGCAAAGACAUUCGAGAAUGUCUCGUUGCAGUCGGUAAAUUUCGAGUCUUAUAAGAACGACAAGUUCACCAGCCAACACAAAUUGGCCAACCCUGGACGACCUGGUUCGGCCGAAUGGAAGACGAAAGAUGGUUGUUCUGGUACCAUCUCGUUCGAUUAUCUGGUGGAUGCCACGGGUCGAAUUGGUGUGCUGUCGACCAAGUACCUCAAGAAUCGCAAGUUCAACGAAAGCUUCAGAAACAUUGCUAUGUGGGGGUACUUCAAGGGUAAUAUUCCACCAAAUCCAGGAACAGAUCGCGAAAAUCAGCCCAUAUCUGAAGGCAUGAGAGAUGGAUCAGGCUGGGUGUGGAUGCUGCCUUUACACAAUGGCACAGUAUCAAUCGGAGCUGUUGUUCGAAGAGACAUUUUCCUUGCCAAGAAGAAGGCCUUGCCGGAAGGGACAACGGAGGCUCAGACCCUGGCGAGCUUCGUCGAACUCUGCCCGACGAUAUCAUCCUAUUUGGAACCAGCUGAACUAGCUUCUGGUAUCAGGCAAGCCACAGAUUAUUCCUACAGUGCCAGUGCGUAUGCCGGUCCACACUUCCGUAUUGUUGGCGAUGCGGGUUGUUUCAUUGAUCCCUUUUUCUCGUCUGGUCAUCAUCUGGCCCUGUCGAGUGCCCUAGCAGCGGCGACGUCCAUCAAUGCAUCCAUUCGGGGAGACUGCAACGAAUUCGACGCCUCCAGAUGGUACUCGAAAAAGGUUGACGAAGGAUACACGUUAUUCCUUGUUGUGGUAAUGGCUGCUCUCAAGCAAAUCCGCAUGCAGGAACAACCGAUCCUGUCUGACCUUGAUGAGGAAGGCUUUGAUCGAGCAUUCGCGAUCCUCAGGCCAGUCAUCCAAGGAGCAGCAGACAAGGAAACGGCACUGAAGGCUACCGGCGAGUCAAUCACCGAAACUAUCGACCUCUGCCUUAAUGCGCUCAACGACCUGCACGAUACGGAGCUACAAAGAAAGUUGACCAACAUUGUGGAGGCAAAAGGCACACCCGAGCAAGAACGCCUGCUCGGGAAACUUUCGCCGGAGGAGACGGCAGCCCUUCAGCGCAUGCGUGCCAUGCAUUCAAUUCUUCCCAUGGGUGAGCUCAAGGAUUUCGAGAACAGCAAUAUAGACGGUCUGAAAGCUAGACUCGAGUGUGGGAGUCUAGGACUUGAGCGUGGGAGUCUAGGGCUCUGUCGUGAUGGCACAGGGGAUUUCCAAAUGUAG